AUGAGGCUCUCAGGAGGCAAGGCGCCGCGCUCGACGCUCCUCCUAUGCUUGUUCUUCAUAUGCGUCGCUCUUUUUGCAGGCCAGACGAUGGCACAGGAUGACAAGAAUAACCCGGCGCCGGGCAACAACCAACCCCCAAAACAAACCAACAACGCACCACCGCCGCCGCCGCCUCCCGCUAAGACCGAGAAUCCCCCCAAUACGCCUGCUUCGAACCCAGCCCCUGCGCCGACUGAAAAUAAACCGAACGAUGAUAACAAACCGGACGAGACUGGCAAUGCACCAACCCCCUCCCCACCUCCCCCUGCGAGUACGGAUGACAAGAAGCCCAGCGAGACCAUAGACUUACCGCCACUCGGCACGUCGACCACUGAAAGCAAACCAUCAACGACGAAAGGGUCGAAGCCGACUACUUCUGCAACUCGUUCCGAUAGUUCGUACAGUGGGCCGGGGUUCUCUUUGCCCACGCUUACCGGUGUUCCUCAAAUCCCUACGGCUACGAUCCCGCCUAAAAAGGGUGCUCCAUACCUGCAGCACUCCAACCUACCAGAGGGAACUGUGUUCAUCGGAGUCGGCGCUGGACUGGGACUCAUAUUCGUUGCUAUAUUCGCCUGGCGUGCACUCGUCGCAUGGUCAAUCAACCGGUCUGUCCGCCGCGCAGCCACCGCUCACCAAACAGAUGCAGCGGCCGCUCUUCUCAACCCAUCCAAGCGCAAGAGCAAGGCCUACCGCCAAUCCAGGGGAGGAUCCAUGUCUCUUGAGAAACUCAACAGCGGAAACACAUCUAGCAACCGACACUCUGCUCUUCACCGCAAAAGUCAACCACCAAACUCCAGCCUUUUCUUUUCCCCGACUGCCGGGGCAAGCAACUUGCACGCCGUCGGAAACAGAGCCUCAGGGUAUCUCCCGGCUGGCUAUUAUGCUGCCAGUGGGGCUGCUCCUGGUUCAGGAUCCGGAUUUCAAAACAGCACAUCUUCAAUUGGACUUUCUCCGUUAGGCCCCCAGGCUCAAGGCUACUCGCGAACAAGGUCGAUAGGACCAACGCCUCCCGACUCGCCCGCAUUAUCACCUACUGCGCGUAGAUAUGAACCAGCCCACCCAUCUACAAGCAGUGUCAACCUCUCAUCACCUCCACAGGGCCGCGCCCCAAGCGCAUACCUCGAGGACCUCUUCGAAAAUCACCCCUCAGGUCCCCAGCGAUAA